AUGCCCACAUCAAAAAAAUCCAGCGACAAGACAAGUAGUGCCUCCGUAGCAAGAGACUUCAACAAUGCCUUGACUGGAACGCUUGGCUUUGAAGCCAUGCGCUUCACAGCAAAUUACGCACGAAUAGCAAAGGCCGAGCUUCAAAGCUGUGAUUACGACGACCUCAUGAUCGCUGCUAAAGACGCAGGAAAACUAUUGCCAGAGACCUUCAACCCUGCCACCGACGAAUGGCCAACUGAUGCAGAAGUGAUCAAUAAGAAUAUAGAAGAGAAAUUGAAGGAUUUCGAUAAGCUUGCCGGAGGAUUCAAGAAGUUUGUUGAGAAUGCGCAUGCGGCGAUGAUAGUUGCUAAUCGUCAACAAUGA